GAAUGGUAGACAUCUUAAUGAUAAAAGCUGAUGAUCCUAAAGUCUUAUCCCAAUACCACAAACAGAAGCUCGAAUUCCAUUUUCAACAAAAGAGUGACAAUGAUUUUGUCAGGUUUUUACUCGACACAGCUGUGAGAGUUAUUUCUAUAGUGCAACAUUUAGCACCUGUUCUAGAGGCUGUCUCAACCGCUGGAUCAGAACAAACUGAUCAAAAUGUCUCAAAUCACUACAUAUCAGAUUUCAACCUAGAUAGUGUAAUGAAUAUGGAGAUCGAAACACCCAAACGAAUGAACAUCACACCAUCAAACACAUCAGAGGAAACAUCAAACCUAGACGUAGAAUCCCUAACAAACAACUCAAUCGCACCGUCACCAGCCUUCAAUGUCAACUCUCUGGGAUCAGCGCUGAAAAGCUUCGCUCCACCCACCAGCGCAUUCCAAACUGCGCUGUCCAGUGCCACACCAGUCCAGGCGCUAAAUAACGGCUACACGAUAGCAUCCUCCCAGUCACAUCACAGUUCGUUGAACGCUUCACUGAAUAACAUGUCAGCCUCGUCGUCACCUAUUUUACAGAAUGUUCCUGUUGCAUUCAGUUCUCCUGUUCCCAAAGUGGAUCCUAUCCAGCUUGAAGCUGCUUCUUCUUUUCUAGAAUUUGAUAAAACUAUCUCCGCUCUUCAGAAGGAGUUAGAUUCAGUCUCCCAGUCCUUGGUCUCAGAAUCUGACAAAGGGCCAACACCUCCACCAACUGCCUUCGAUCCCAGUAAUCUUAAUAACCUUGCUAUCAUAAAACGGCUUCAGGAAAACUUCAAGGAUACUUCCGAUUUAACACCACAAUCUGGAAAAGAGCUUGACUUGAUAAAAACGAUCCAGGAAACGAUUGCAAACAGGGCAAAAACAGAGGACGUUGUAAAAAUUAAAGAAGAAAUGGAGGUCAUGCCUUCUCUAGCGAUAUUCCGUGAUUCAGACACCAGGCAGACAACAGACCGCUUACAACAGCUGAUGAGUUCUCUCAAUAACACCAGUCCCCAAACCACUGCAACCUCAGCUGCAGCUCCCUGCUUCACCCCUCCCGGCGCAGGAUUACACCAAGUGCCAAACAGCACAGCACUCACCCAGAUAACAUCGCUAGCACCCACCACUAUGACCACAGGGGUGUCACUUAGUCAGCUCACCUCAGGGGUGGCGUCACCUGGGCCAUCACUCUCACCGGGUCUGAAAAGCGCUCAAAAGAAGAAUGGAAAUCCCCUGUCUAUGCUACAUCUUCAGGGAAACGGGGGUGUAGUCGAUCAAGCCGCAAUACUGAGCGUUCUUUACAAUGAUAGAAACCCUAACCAAGCCUCACCGGACAAUAUGAAGCUAAAGUCGGCCGCCAGAUCAAGUCCCAACAGGUUAUUGAAAGGACUAUUCGGGGACCACCAUCAUCUCAAACAAGAGAACGAACAGCACGUGUCAUGUCACGUGUGCGGCAAAGUGUUCCGGGGGUCGUCACGUGCUCAGAACCUUAAACGGCACUUCAAUAACGUUCACCUGAAGUUAAAACCCUUUCGGUGUAUAGUGUGUGGUAUGAUGUUCGGUCUGAAGUACAACCUGAAGAGUCACAUGAGCCGAGCUCACAACAUACCUCCUAUUAUUAUGAGUAAUGGAGGCCUGAUACCUGGCCUUAGCAACGGGUCCCACAGCAAAGUCAGCUUGUUCCCCGGCCUGAGUAACGGUUCUCCUGGUAACGGAAGUCUGUAUUCUAGUGAUACUCUGAUGACAUCUCAGCCCACCAAUAACGGUGUUGGAGAGCACUGAUCGACUAGAUUGAAGCCUGGUAGCCAUGAUGACGAUGUGAUUUGGGAGUGAUGACGAUGUGAUUUAUGACGAUGUGAUUUGAGACGAUGUGAUGUGAGACGAUGUGAUUUGGGAGUUGAAUUAUAGGUGUAAGCUGAUCCGUGACAACUGCAACCAUUUAAGGACGAUUUUGAAACGUGAGAGAAUUGUCGGAGUGAAUAUUGAUGAAUGUAAGAAUGGGGGUAUAAUUAUUUAUUAUUAAAUAAAUAAACGAAUUGAUUGAUUGAUUAUUUAAAGCGAGUACAGUUAUUUACCCAGUCUCAGAGUUUUAGUUUAAAGCAAAACAGUAAGCUGACGAUACUAUAAUUCUUUUGAGUAUGCUUAAAAGUAAUGUAAGGCUGUUCAACGAGGUGAUAUAUUAAUAUUUAUUUUAAACAUGAUUCUUCUCCUUUUAUUAAUAAACUUCAGUUAAAUAUGGUUAUGUUAUAUAAUUUAUUCGCGCUGCAUUUGAAUACUUGCUACGUUAUCAUAUUAUUUUUACGGUGUAUUAUAUUUAAAGAUUUACAAGCCUGUUUUUAUUUAUAGUAUUCAGAUUUUGACGAUAUUUGACAUAUUUAUAUCCGCGAUUAUACUUACUAUUUGGAAUCAGUUGUUUUAAAGCGUACCCAGGAUUUUUAAGUUGUAAGUUGUAUUAGUGCUAUUUAAGAUUUAUUGUUUGGUUUUUAUUUAUUUGAAAGAUGUUUAAAAGUUUCUUCGGGGCUAUUUGAUUGUAGAGGGUUAAGUUCAUAUUUAACGAUAAAAAGUUUUUAGACUAUUUUAAUAUUUGUUUCGUCUGUUAUAUAACUUUAAGCAGUAUACACUGAACAUUACAUCUAACUAAACUAUCCAUAUUUUUAAACUUUUAAAUUCUAAGUCGUCGUCUUCUCGAUAUACCUUUUCAUGUCUGAGUUCAGUUAUUUAAUGGUUUUCCGUAAAAGUAGACUGUUGUUUUUUCCUCAUAAAAUGGUUGCAGGCUGUCCUGAAAUGUUUCGACAGCGGCCUAUAAUUAACUUAAUUAAGUCUUUAAAUAAACUUUUUCGGUGAAACCUUCAAAUGAAAAGCUAAUUUAAAGGCUCAUACAGCUAACUUAGAUAUUGUUUUAAAAGUCAUGUUUAAGCUUACUUCUAUUGUUUUAAAAGUCUUGUUUAAGGUAUUCAAUCAUAUAUAUAUAUAUAUUCAUGUAUAUGAUUCUACUUGAUUUUUAAAAGUUUUGCAAAACAAUUUUACAGCUGUUUAAGUACAUUUAUCUUGUAAAUGCAACUCAAGGUAAUCAUACUUUUACUUUUCUUAAAUUUAAAACCAUAUUAUCUAAAAUCUACUAGAUCUGUCCGAUGUUAUAGAUUAUUAAAGCAGAGUGAUUCGUACUUAACCAAUUAAGUGUUUUCUUGAUCAAUUAUUUAUUUACUAUUUGCUACAUUUUAUAAGGCUUUUCAAAAAAUUUUGAGGUAAAAAAAUCGUAAAAGUAUUCAUAAAUUGGUUAUUUGUUUUGACAGUCUACGUUUUGGGUCUUCUGGGAUAUGAAGCAAGUUUUGACUAUUAAACGAAAUAAUGGAUGCAACGACUAAGGGGCGACUAAGUAAUUGAUUAACAAAACCAUUUAAACAAAAAAUAGAUAAAUUUGCUUUACAAUCUAAAAUCCAUUGAUGAUAUGUCGUUGCAUCCCUUAAUUUUGAUGGUACACCUACGCUAGUUCAUAUUUUAUCAGAUUAAAGUUGAAUGGUUAAUCGACUUUUUUAUCUUCAUUAUCUUUAAAUGUGGUCGGAAUUGAAUUUAUUUAGGGUAUAAUCAGGUUAUUUAACAAAGUUUGAACAUACUCUGGAUGUUUGCUAAUUAGUGGUAGAAAAUGAAAAUUCCAUUCCGGCCUUAUUUCAACCGCAUUCUACGUCUCCAUAUCGACGUGACUGCAGGUAGCAUACCUGUAAGAUGUUUCAUAUACGAUAUUAUUAUUAAUCACAUAUUUUGAAACCAUGGCAACAUACAGAAAAUAACCAAAAAUAUCUUCAAGUUCUAAAAAUCACCAUAACUUGAAAAAAAAAUUAAUACUAUAUUUGAUUGAUUCAUCGCAUACUUUCUUUG